GUGUGUGUGUGUGUUGUGUCCAAAUGUGUGGCGUCCUUGGGAUGCCAGUCCUUGCACUUCUGAAUACGGGCAACCUCCUCGAAUUCCCCACAUAAACCCAUGUUCAUGCGUCAAAAGAAGGCGAGGAGGACGCACAACCAACCAGUGUGAAGUGCAAGCUAUAGCUGUGUUCUUUUCCACUGCGCCAAAAAAUCUCAUUUCCAGUCAGUUAUCAAUUUUUGGGUUCCAGGUGAAGGCCUAACCUGUGCUUCAUAGCCUAAACGCAGGGCUGUUAGUAGCCUACUCGGUAUUCCUUCACACGAUUGUGGGGGUGAGGGUACCCGGUUGGGGUACCCAUGUGCAAAGAUGUCAGACGAGAGACAGGUGAUGCGCUCUCUGCAUGCAUCCCGUCUUCAACAGGGGGAGCACAGCCACGGAACGUGCGGUCGAACAGCAUGAGGUGAGGGAUUCUUCCGCUCAUCAUAUCUAAGCAGAACAGGGACCAUGAAAGCAGCAGAGCGGAGAUUUGAGCAGCUGUAUCGUCCUACGGAUACUUCAGGCAUCCUUUCACUCUAAAAGCGUUCUCUUCUUACUGACGUUGAAUGACAAGGCGGAAUGGCAGGUGGACGUCGAGGACUUGUGGCCCCACAAAACACUUUUCUCGAGAACAUCGUCCGACGAUCCAAUGAUACCAACUUUGUUCUGGGCAAUGCCCAGAUUGUGGACUGGCCCAUUGUGUACAGCAACGACGGCUUCUGCAAGCUCUCCGGUUACCACCGUGCUGAGGUCAUGCAGAAAAGUAGCACCUGCAGUUUCAUGUAUGGGGAGCUCACAGACAAGGAGACGGGUGAGAAAGUGCAACAGACCUUUGAGAAUUACGAGAUGAAUUCGUUCGAAAUUCUCAUGUAUAAGAAGAAUCGGAUGCCGGUGUGGUUCUUUGUAAAGAUCGCUCCUAUCAGGAAUGAGCAGGACAAGGUGGUGUUGUUUCUGUGCACCUUCAGUGACAUCACGGCAUUCAAACAGCCCAUUGAGGAUGACUCUGUGAAAGGAUGGGGUAAAUUCGCUCGGCUCACACGGGCUCUGACGAGCAGCCGGGGAGUGUUGCAGCAGCUGGCGCCCACCGUCCACAAGGGCGAGAACGUCCACAAGCACUCUCGUCUGGCUGAGGUCCUCCAGCUGGGCUCAGACAUCCUCCCGCAGUACAAACAGGAGACGCCUAAAACUCCCCCCCACAUCAUUCUCCACUACUGCGCCUUCAAGACAACCUGGGACUGGGUAAUCCUCAUCCUGACCUUCUACACAGCCAUCAUGGUGCCCUACAACGUCUCAUUCAAGACCAAGCAGAACAACGUCACCUGGCUGGUGGUGGACAGCAUCGUGGAUGUCAUCUUUCUGGUAGACAUCGUGCUCAACUUCCAUACCACAUUUGUGGGGCCAGCCGGAGAGGUCAUCUCGGACCCCAAACUGAUCCGGAUGAACUAUGUCAAGACGUGGUUCGUCAUCGACCUGCUCUCCUGCCUGCCAUACGACGUCAUCAAUGCCUUUGAGAACGUUGACGAGGGCAUCAGCAGUCUCUUCAGCUCCCUCAAAGUGGUCCGUCUGCUCCGCUUGGGCCGGGUGGCCCGUAAACUGGACCACUACAUUGAGUACGGGGCCGCUGUCCUGGUCCUGCUGGUGUGCGUCUUUGGCCUGGCUGCCCACUGGUUGGCCUGCAUCUGGUACAGCAUCGGCGACUACGAGGUCAUCGACGAGAACACCAACAGUGUGAGGAUGGACAGCUGGCUCUACAUAUUGAGCGAAUCGGUGGGGACACCGUACCGCUUCAACGCCAGUGGCUCCGGGAGGUGGGAGGGCGGGCCUAGCAAGGACUCGGUCUACAUCACUUCCCUCUACUUCACCAUGACCAGCCUGACCAGCAUCGGCUUCGGCAACAUCGCCCCCACCACCGACGGAGAAAAACUCUUUGCUGUGGCAAUGAUGAUGAUCGGAUCACUCCUGUACGCCACCAUCUUCGGUAACGUGACUACCAUCUUCCAGCAGAUGUACGCCAACACCAACCGCUACCACGAGAUGCUCAACAGCGUCCGCGACUUCCUCAAGCUCUACCAGGUGCCCAAGGGCCUCAGCGAACGCGUCAUGGACUACAUUGUCUCCACAUGGUCCAUGUCUAGAGGCAUCGAUACAGACAAGGUGUUGCAGAUCUGCCCCAAGGACAUGCGGGCGGACAUUUGCGUCCAUCUUAACAGAAAGGUGUUCAAGGAGCACCCAGCCUUCCGACUGGCGAGUGACGGGUGCCUACGGGCCUUGGCCAUGGAGUUCCAGACCAUCCACAGUGCCCCCGGAGACCUCAUCUACCACGCGGGCGAAAGCGUAGACAGUCUCUGCUUUGUGGUGUCCGGGUCCUUGGAGGUCAUCCAGGACGAUGAGGUUGUGGCCAUAUUAGGAAAGGGAGAUGUGUUUGGGGACGUCUUCUGGAAGGAGGUGACCCUAGCCCAGGCUUGCGCCAACGUUCGGGCCUUGACUUACUGCGACCUCCACAUCAUCAAGCGUGAAGCUCUGCAGAAAGUUCUGGAGUUCUACACGGCCUUCUCCAACCACUUCUCCCGCAACCUGCUGCUCACCUAUAACCUCAGAAAGAGGAUAGUGUUCCGGAAGAUCAGUGAUGUGAAACGUGAGGAAGAGGAGAUGCUCAAAAGGAAUAAUGAGGCCCCUCUGAACCUUCCUCCGGACCACCCUGUCCGUCGCCUCUUCCAGCGCUUCCGGCAGCAGAGGGAGGCGCGACUGGCAGCAGAGCGAGCUAGUCAGGGGGAGCCACCAGACGUGGAGAAGGGCACAAUCCACCUGGAGCAAACCAAGAUCCAUGAGGUCCUCGCCUCCACCAGCAUCAUCAUGGUGACCGAGAGCCCUGCCACUCCCACAGCUUCGUCCACAUUGUCAUCUUUGUCCUCCAAGCCCUCUAGCCGAGUCAUGCUUCAUGCCCCUGCCAUCCAAAAUGGCAACCUCGUAGGCUGCAAGUCCGCAGAGCCUGCGCCAAAGACCAAAAAGGGCUGGGGUCGUUUCAAGGAGUCCGUUGUGAAAGCAGAGUCAUGGAGCAGCGUUUCUAAGGCCGAGUCCAUGGAGACCUUGCCGGACAGGACUAAGUCCCAUAACGAGAUGUCUCUCAAGAAGACGGACUCUUGUGACAGCGGUAUUACUAAGAGCGACCUGCGCUUAGAUAACGUGGGUGACGCCCGCACUCCACAGGACCGGAGCCCUGUGCAGUCAAAAGGGAAGCUGGUUGUCUGUCCUAUACCCGUACAGACCAUGCACGCCUCUUUCCUGGAGCUGAAGCAGGAACUUAGGGGAGACAUCGGGUCUCUUAAUGGCCGCAUGGCGGUGGUGGAGGCACAGCUGGCCGAGAUGCUUCAACUGCUAAAAUCGAAAAAGGCCUCUAGUUCGAGAAAGCCCUCUCGCUCAUCCAGUUUCUUUGAGAUGUCACGACCGGCAUCCCCUGAUUCCGAUAAGGACGACAGCUUCUCACAAUCUUGACACUGCAUGUUUUGGCAGUCUAUGCAGUGUUUCCCAACUUCAGUCCCUGAUUACCCCCAACAGUACACUUUUUUGUUGUAGCCCCGGACAAGCACACCUGAUUCAACUUGUUAAUUAUCAAGCCCUCAAUGAGUUGAAUCAGGUGAGUUUGUCCGGUGCUACACCAAAAAUGUGUGCUGUUGGCGGUACUCAAACUGGAGUUGUGAAACAUUGGUCUAUGGGACUUGAAGUGAAUACAUCCUAGAGUUCAUCCAGGAGCUGGCUGCGUUGUCGCAAAAAUCUGAAAGAGGUUUUGUGAAGACUUGGGCAAUAAGAUGUUCCCAAAUUAGUACAGAUGAGUAAUGAGGGAUUUUCUUACCCUUUUUAUGUUAUUAUUAUUAGAUAUAAGGGUAAUCUGGAUUUAAAAAAAUGCACAUCUGGAUUAUCUCUGCACCUUGAGGUACAUACUGUGUGAUAUUCCAUGGAUCUACUUUUGUAGGGGUUCAAACUGUACAACAGCAUAAAUAACACAUUUGUUGUCGAAUUUCUUUUCAAUUGGACUCGGUUUAGUUUUAACUUGGUCACACAUUUCUCAUGGUAAAAUGACUAAACCCUUGAGGUUUUCAUAAAAUAUGUGCACUCAUAAUUGAAAUUAGCAAUAAUAUUUUAUUGCAUUUAUAUAGUUUUUCACCAGGUCUCAAAGCACUUCACUUUGCAGGGGGUGUUGUGGCCAUGAUAACAUGAACAGUGUGGAGCAACAGCGAGGAUGCACAUAUCUGAAAUGGCAUUGUCCAUAAAUGGAUUUGCUUUCAUUAUAGUUUGUCAACGGUUAAUGCAUUACUGGGAUAAAGUAGAAUCUUGUAAAUAAUGAUAGAUUUUUAUGUUGGAUAUCCAUCACUGCCCAAUGGCAGUGGGUACAUGUACAGUACAUGAGCACAGUUGCACAAUAUGAAAGUGUACCAUGUGUGGUAUAAUUUCAUUGGGAAAGCUGGAUAUUUAGAAUUUUUGUGUGUGUUAAAUGUCCUCGCAUGAUAACAUGUUUGGUCAUUAUAAUACGGUAUGUUGCAAAAUUUAAGUUACACCAAAAAUACAUGUUUGAGCCAUUUCUAAAGUAGACGUUUUCACCCCAUCCAACCGUUAUGUUAUUUGGUUUUGUCCAGUCAACAACCAAACAAAUGUUUGCUAUGCGAGCUCAAAGCACGCAUUUGCAAUAACUGCAAACUUGUUAAGUAACGCAAAUGUACACAAACAUACCUUGAAAGCAGUGUGGCUUGUUAUUUAUGGCAUUGCUCUCUCUUUGUAUUAAAAUGAGGGAAAAAUCAUGGAUUGUGAACUGUCAGUGUAUGGUGGAAACCAUGGCACCUUUUCAACCAAGGUCCAUCCUAAAUUGUCAUGGGAAGAAGUCAAAUCUCGACUAUGAAACCUUGAUAUACUGUUGAUAUAAUACGCAAAGUAUUGCCAUUUAUAUUGUGGCUGUAGCAUUUCUAUUGCAAUGUUAAAGGAGUAAAAUGAGAUACUUGUACAGACAGGUCCAAAAUUAUUGGAACCCUUGAUAAAGAUGAGGAAAAAUAAAUAAUAUAUACUGAGCUAUAUUGUAUGCCAAACAAAAUUUGGGAAAAUUAUAUAUUUUAUACUAAUACCAUUGCUCAGAGAAAGAGAUUUUGUUUGACAAGUAAUAAUUGUUUAAAAAAAAUUAAAAAAAAAAGAUGGGUGCCAAUCAUUUUGACCCCUCUGUUUUUAAUACUCUGGCACCCUCCCCCUUGCGAGGAUAAUGGCACUGAGCCUUUUCUGAAAUGUUUUAUGAGAUUGGAGAACACAUUGGGAGGGAUCUUAGACCAUUCCUCUAUAUGGAAUCUUUCCAGAUCCUUGAUAUCCUUUGUCUGCGCUUAUGGACUGCGAUUUUCAAUUCAAACCACAGUAUUCAUUGGGCUUCAAGUCCAUAGACAGAUGGCCAUUGCAAAAUAUUGAUUUUGUGGUCAAUUAACCAUUUCCUUUGUGUAUUUUGAUAUGCGCUUGGGGUUAUUGUCUUGCUGGAAGAGCCACUUGCGGCCAAGUUUCAUCCUCUUGGGAGAGGCAACCAGGUUUUUGGGAUAAAAUGCCCUAGUACUUGGUAAAGUUCAUGAUGCUGUUGACAUUAACAAGGGCCCCAGGACCAGUGGAAGCAAAAUAGCUCAUAACAUCAAAAGAUCUACCACCAUAAAGUAGGUAUGAGGUUCUUUUCUUUUCUGCAUAUGCAUUCUUUUGAUGCCAAACCCACCACUCCUGUGCAUGGCCAAAGAGCUCUACUUAUGUCAUCAGACCAUCCUCAGGUUCAAAUCCAAGUGCCAAUGCAAACUCCCAAGCGUUUCCCCUUGUGUGUUGCUCUCAAUUAAGUUUUUUUCUGGCAACCCUUCCAAAAAGCCUAUUGGCAUUAUAGAUUUGAAGACUUACUUGGUGACCCGAAGAUGUUCUGUAAUUCUCCAAAUUUGGCUCUAGAUUUUUCUUUACAUCCCAAACCAUCUUCCUUACUGUGUGUGGGGACAAGAUACACAUGCUUCCAAUAUCAGGCAGGUUUAUCACUGUUCCAGAAGUUUUAAACCUAAUUGUUGGCAUAAUAGUGGUAAGUGGUAAUUUUUUUGUACUCAUUGUGAGUUCUUCGCCUUUUCCCAUGGUGAUGGAUGAUACAUUUACAUGCGUGUUACCUAAUUUUUAUACUCCAGUAAAACAGGGAGCCAUGGAAGACCACAAUACAGUUAUUUAAGGUGAGAUUCAUUUUAAAAAGUAGAAUGUUAAUGCAGAUUGUUUGUUUUCAUAAUAAUCUUUCGGUGUGCCAUUCAUCUUUUUGAGAUAUAUUAUUUCUCUGAGCAAUUGUAUUAGUAUAAAAUAAUGUAAAAAUUUGAGCAUACAAUAUAGCUCAGCAUUUGUAUUUACAGUGCGUUCGGAAAGUAUUCAGACCCUUUGACUUUUUCUACAUUUCAUUACAUUAUUACAACCUUAUUCUAAUGGAUUCAAUUGUUUUUUUCCCCUCAUCAAUCUACACACAAUACCCCAUAAUGACAAAGCAGAAACAGGUUUUUAGAAAUGUUUGCAAAUGUAUAAAACAACAACUGAAAUAUUACAUUUACAUAAGUAUUCAGACCCUUUACGCAGUACUUUGUUGAAGCACCUUUUGCAGCGAUUACUGCCUUGAGUCUUCUCCCAUUUUUCUCUGCAGUUUCUCUCAAGCUGAGAUGGGGAGCACCGCUGCACAGCUAUUUUCAGGUCUCUCCCGAGAUGUUAGAUUGGGUUUAAGUCCGGGCUCAGGCUGUGCAUUCAGAGACUUGUCACGAAGCCAUUUCUGCAUUGUCUUGGCUGUGUGCUUAAGGUCGUUGUC